GUGAGGUGUCACUGCUCAUUUCCCAACUCGAUAGAAGUGAGCUGCGAGCCCAGCUUCGACAAUAAGAAAUCCUUUUGGGCUCAUUCCCUUCCACGCCAACGACAUCUAAAAUCAAAACAACAAGAAAGAAAGAAAGAAAGAAAGAAAGAAAAGAAAAGGAAAAGAAAACCCUCUCUGCCCGCCAAACGCAAUUUCCCCCAUUAAGAAAAAAAAAACCUUUCGCACACUCUCUCCUCCGAAAUGGCAGAACCAUCUCCUCCUCCGCCGCUGGCACCACCGCCACCGCCACAGUCGACUCCACCUCGUCCUCAGCCGGCCGACAGCGUCCGUGUUCGGUGUGCCGGCUGCCGCAUGAUCCUGACUGUGGCCCCCGGCCUCACCGAAUUCGCGUGCCCUACCUGCCGAAUGCCGCAGAUGCUUCCACCGGAGCUCAUGCCAAAGGCGGCGGUGGCCAACGUGGCGGCAGCACCGCUUCCUCCGACAUCCGCUCCGCCAUCGCAGCCGUCGCAAGCACCGGCGCAUGGCAUUGAUCCCACUAAGAUCCAGCUUCCCUGCGCCUCGUGCAAGGCCAUCCUCAACGUCCCUCACGGCCUCCCCCGCUUCGCUUGCCCUCAGUGCGGGGUUGACCUCGCCGUCGAUGUCUCCAAGGUUAAGCAGUUCUUUCCCGCGCCGCUGCUGCCAGAAGAAGUUAAUGAGGUUGCUGUUGAAGUGGAGCGGGACGAAGAUGAAGGUGGCAUGGUUGGAGAAACAUUUACAGAUUAUCGGCCGCCAAAAGUAUCUAUUGGACCUCCACACCCAGAUCCUGUUGUGGAGACAUCUUCUUUGUCUGCAGUGCAGCCUCCUGAGCCAACUUAUGAUCCAAAAAUUAAAGAUGAUUUGGAAAAUUCAAAGGCUUUGUCUUGCUUGCAAAUUGAGACAUUGGUCUAUGCUUCUCAGAGACACCUCCAACACCUCUCAAAUGGAGCUAGGGCAGGGUUUUUUAUUGGAGAUGGAGCUGGUGUAGGUAAAGGUCGAACUAUUGCAGGGCUGAUUUGGGAGAACUGGCAUCACUAUAGGAGGAAAGCAUUGUGGAUUUCUGUUGGUUCAGACUUGAAGUUUGAUGCUAGAAGAGACUUGGAUGAUGUUGGUGCAACAUGCAUUGAAGUGCAUGCUUUGAACAAACUGCCUUAUUCUAAGCUUGAUUCAAAGUCUGUUGGGGUCAGGGAGGGAGUUGUUUUUUCGACGUACAAUAGCCUCAUAGCAUCUUCUGAGAAAGGUCGUUCUCGUCUCCAGCAGCUCAUACAGUGGUGUGGACCAGGGUUUGAUGGUCUUAUAAUUUUUGAUGAGUGUCACAAAGCAAAAAAUUUGGUCCCUGAAUCUGGUAGUCAGCCGACACGAACUGGAGAAGCAGUGGUUGAUAUCCAGGAUCGACUACCUGAAGCUCGUGUUGUUUAUUGCUCAGCAACUGGAGCAUCUGAACCUCGUAAUAUGGGUUAUAUGGUUCGACUUGGUCUUUGGGGAGAUGGGACUUCAUUCACUGAUUUCCGGGAAUUUCUAGGAGCUCUUGACAGAGGGGGUGUUGGAGCUCUUGAACUAGUUGCCAUGGACAUGAAAGCAAGGGGUAUGUAUUUAUGUCGGACACUUAGCUAUGAGGGUGCAGAGUUUGAAGUUAUCGAAGCACCAUUAGAGGAUAAAAUGAUGGACAUGUAUAAAAAGGCAGCAGAAUUUUGGGCUGAAUUACGUGUAGAAUUGCUGUCAGCCAGUGCCUUCCUAAAUGACAAACCAAAUUCUAGUCAACUAUGGCGAUUAUACUGGGCCAGCCACCAACGUUUCUUUAGACACAUAUGUAUGUCUGCUAAAGUCCCUGCUGCUGUGAGACUAGCGAAGCAAGCAUUAGUUGAAGAAAAAUCUGUAGUCAUUGGUCUUCAGAGUACUGGAGAAGCUAGGACAGAGGAAGCUGUAACAAAAUAUGGUUCUGAACUUGAUGACUUUGUUUCUGGACCUCGAGAAUUGCUGCUUAAAUUUGUGGAAGAAAAUUACCCGUUACCAGAAAAACCUGAACUUCUCCCAGGAGAGGAUGGGGUAAAAGAACUCCAACGGAAGAGGCAUUCUGCAACUCCCGGUGUUUCAGUAAAAGGAAGGGUCAGAAAAGUAGCCAAGUGGCAGCCUCCUAGUGAUGCUGAAAGUGAUGAAGACUCUGAGACUGACUCUGGCAUUGAAUCUACUGACUCUGAUGAUGAGUUUCAAAUAUGUGAAAUUUGUACUACAGAGGAGGAAAGGAAAAAAUUGCUACAGUGUUCCUGCUGCAGUAAGUUAGUCCAUUCCACAUGCCUGAUGCCACCAAUUGGUGAUAUAGUUCCUGAAGAGUGGUCAUGCCAUUUGUGUAAGGAGAAAACAGAUGAAUAUCUUCAAGCUAGACAGGCCUACAUAGCUGAACUUCAAAAGAGGUAUGAUGCAGCCUCGGAACGCAAGACAAAAAUAUUAGACAUAAUUCGUGCUCUGGAUCUUCCAAAUAAUCCUUUGGAUGAUAUUGUUGACCAGCUAGGAGGCCCUGACAAAGUUGCAGAAAUGACAGGAAGGAGAGGCAUGCUUGUGAGGGCUUCUACUGGAAAGGGUGUUACUUAUCAGGCUCGUAAUACAAAAGAUGUCACUAUGGAAAUGGUUAACAUGCAUGAAAAGCAGCUCUUUAUGGAUGGUAAAAAGUUUGUUGCUAUUAUCUCUGAAGCUGGAUCAGCUGGUGUAUCUUUGCAGGCUGAUAGGCGAGCUGCAAAUCAGAAAAGACGGGUUCAUUUAACACUUGAACUUCCAUGGAGUGCUGACCGGGCAAUCCAGCAGUUUGGAAGAACUCAUCGAUCAAAUCAAGCUUCAGCACCAGAAUACAGGAUACUAUUUACAAAUCUUGGUGGAGAACGAAGAUUUGCAUCAAUUGUUGCCAAGAGAUUAGAAUCUCUUGGUGCCUUGACUCAGGGUGACCGCAGGGCUGGACCUUCGUUAAGUGCUUAUAAUUAUGAUAGUGCCUAUGGAAAGAAAGCUCUGACAAUUAUGUACAAAGGAAUAAUGGAGCAGGAUUCUCUGCCUGUGGUACCACCGGGAUGUUCAUCUCACACACCAGAUACAAUUCAAGAUUUUAUUGUGCAGGCAAAAGCUGCUCUUGUGUCUGUUGGAAUAGUAAGGGACACUCUUGGUAAUGGUAAAUCUGGUCGUAUUAUUGAUUCGGAUAUGCACGAAGUUGGACGGUUCCUCAACCGGAUUUUGGGACUACCUCCUGAUAUUCAAAAUGGGUUAUUUGAGUUAUUUGUGAGUAUCUUGGAUCUUCUUGUUCGGAAUGCUCGCAUUGAAGGUAACCUUGACACAGGCAUUGUUGACUUGAAAGCUAAUGUAAUUGAACUACAAGGGACUCCAAAGACUGUUCAUGUUGAUCAAUUGACUGGGGCCUCAACAGUUAUGUUUACAUUUAUCUUAGAUCGUGGGAUCACAUGGGAGUUGGCAAGUACAAUGCUGAAUGAAAAACAGAAGGAUGGACUUGGUUCAGCCAAUGAUGGCUUCUAUGAGUCCAAGAGGGAGUGGUUGGGAAGACGUCAUUUCAUUUUAGCAUUUGAAAGUUCCGCUUCGGGUAUGUAUAAAAUAGUUCGCCCCCCUGUUGGUGAAUCGAACAGGGAGAUGCCUCUGUCUGAAUUAAAAAGUAAAUAUAGAAAAAUUUCAUCUUUAGAAAAGGCUCAGUCUGGUUGGGAAGAAGAAUAUGAAGUUUCAUCUAAACAGUGCAUGCAUGGUCCCAAUUGUAAGAUUGGCAACUUUUGUACAGUUGGUAGAAGACUACAGGAAGUAAAUGUCUUGGGUGGCCUCAUCCUUCCUGUUUGGGGAGCCGUAGAAAAGGCUCUCUCAAAGCAGGCCCGCCUAAGCCACAGGAGGCUACGUGUUGUACGCAUUGAAACUACUGUGGAUACGCAACGUAUUGUUGGGCUUCUUGUUCCUAAUGCAGCUGUGGAAACUGUGCUUCAAGGUUUAGCAUGGGUUCAAGAAAUUGAUGAUUGACAUGUGACAAUAGGCUGUGCUCAUUUUUUUGUUAACGAAGUUUAAAUUUAGGUACCACCUGUGGCAGUUGAUUGCACUACCACCAUAUUUGGUGUCUUUGAAUGUCAACAAGCAAUUUUUUGGGAGAAGACUCAACAUUGACGUGGAAUUUUUUUGAGGGGAAUGACUAAUUCAUUCUCUACCCCCCGCAACACAAUUGUGCAGUCUCAUUUUAGUUAUUAUUUUUCACCCAUUUUGUAUAUUUUGUAAAGAUGAUAACUGAAACAGUGAAAUAGUAGAUAGUUUAGGUUGUAUCACAUAUAGUUCCGUCUGAAUCUGAACUAGUUUGUACUAGAUACCAUGAACGAUUAUUGAAAUCAUAGUUGAAGUAAAUAUUGCUUAUUAAUUCUUUUUGAGCAA